GCCAAGAUGGCUCUGCCUACGACGUAGCAGUCGGCUUUCCGGUAGGCUUAAAUUUGGGGAGGUGGUGAAUGAAAGAAAAGGGAGAAUUACAACUUCAGGGCUGAGGAAGAAGCCCAUCUCUCCUCUGGCUCCAUUUUAAAGCUCCCACCUCGCCACCGGUCUCGCCUCCUUGGAGUGAAAUCAUGAAGGUGGUGAACCUGAGGCAAGCCAUUUUGCAGGCCUGGAAGGAACGUUGGAGUGACUACCAAUGGGCCAUCAACAUGAAGAAAUUCUUUCCUAGGGGAGCCACCUGGGACAUUCUCAACCUCGCAGAAGCACUCCUGGAGCAGGCCAUGAUUGGACCUUCCCCUAAUCCUCUCAUCCUGUCCUACCUGAAGUACGCCAUUAGUUCCCAGAUGGUGUCCUACUCCUCUGUGCUCACAGCUAUCAGUAAGUUUGAUGACUUUUCCCGGGACCUGUGUGUCCAGGCUUUGCUGGACAUCAUGGACAUGUUUUGUGACCGACUCAGUUGCCACGGCAAAGCAGAGGAAUGCAUCGGGCUGUGCCGAGCGCUUCUUAGCGCCCUCCACUGGCUGCUGCGUUGUACAGCAGCUUCUGCAGAGCGGCUCCAAGAAGGACUGGAGGCUGGCGCUCCAGCCACCGGAGAGAAGCAGCUUGCCUUGUGCCUGCAGUGCCUGGAAAAGACCCUUAGCAGCACCAAGAACCGAGCUCUACUGCACAUCGCCAAACUAGAGGAGGCCUCCUCCUGGACUGCCAUCGAGCAUUGUCUUUUAAAGCUCGGGGAGAUCCUGGCCAAUCUCAGCAACCCCCAGCUCCGGAGCCAGGCUGAGCAGUGUGGCACACUUAUCAGGAGUAUCCCCACCAUGCUGUCCGUGCACUCAGAGCAAUUGCACAAGACUGGCUUCCCCACCAUCCACGCGCUGAUCUUGCUUGAGGGCACCAUGAACCUGACAGGGGAGAUGCAGCCCCUGGUGGAGCAGCUGAUGAUGGUGAAGCGCAUGCAGCAUAUCCCCACCCCCCUUUUUGUCCUGGAAAUCUGGAAAGCCUGCUUUGUGGGACUCAUUGAGUCCCCCGAGGGUACGCAGGAGCUGAAGUGGACGGCUUUCACCUAUCUCAAGAUUCCACAGGUUUUGGUGAAGCUGAAGAAAUAUUUUCAUGGGGAAAAGGACUUCACUGAGGAUGUCAACUCCGCUUUUGAGUUCCUGCUGAAGCUCACGCCCUUGCUGGACAAAGCUGACCAGCGCUGCAAUUGUGACUGCACAAACUUCCUCCUCCAAGAGUGCAACAAGCAGGGACUUCUGUCCGAAGUCAAUUUUGCCAUCCUUGUGGGCAAGCGCACAGCAGAUCGAGACCCCCAGCUGAAAUCGUCAGAAAAUGCCAACAUCCAGCCUAACCCUGGGCUGAUCCUCCGGGCAGAGCCCACUGUCACGAACAUCCUCAAGACGAUGGAUGCAGACCACUCCAAGUCCCCGGAGGGGCUGCUGGGGGUCCUGGGCCACAUGCUGUCUGGGAAGAGCCUGGACUUGCUGCUGGCUGCUGCUGCCGCCACUGGGAAGCUUAAAUCCUUUGCCCGGAAAUUCAUCAAUCUGAACGAGUUCACUACCCAUGGCAGCGGAGAGAGCACGAAGACCGCCUCUGUCCGUGCCUUGCUCUUCGACAUCUCCUUCCUGAUGCUAUGCCACGUGGCCCAGACCUAUGGCUCCGAGGUGAUUCUCUCCGAGGCAAGCUCAGGAGAAGAAGUCCCCUUCUUUGAGACUUGGAUGCAGACCUGCAUGCCUGAGGAGGGCAAGAUUUUGAACCCUGACCACCCUUGCUUCCGGCCUGACUCCACCAAAGUAGAGUCCUUGGUGGCCUUGCUCAACAACUCCUCAGAGAUGAAACUAGUACAGAUGAAGUGGCAUGAAGCCUGCCUGAGCAUUUCAGCAGCCAUUUUGGAGAUCCUCAAUGCCUGGGAGAAUGGGGUUCUGGCCUUUGAGUCCAUCCAGAAAAUCACCGAUAAUAUCAAGGGAAAGGUAUGCAGUCUGGCAGUAUGUGCUGUGGCUUGGCUUGUGGCCCAUGUCCGGAUGCUGGGGCUGGAUGAGCGUGAGAAGUCCCUGCAGAUGAUCCGCCAGUUGGCAGGGCCCCUGUACAGUGAGAACACCCUGCAGUUCUACAAUGAGAGGGUGGUGAUUAUGAACUCAAUCUUGGAACACAUGUGUGCGGACGUGCUUCAGCAGACAGCCACACAGAUCAAGUUUCCGUCCACGGGCGUGGACACGAUGCCCUACUGGAACCUGCUUCCUCCCAAGCGCCCCAUCAAGGAGGUACUGACAGACAUCUUUGCCAAGGUACUGGAGAGGGGCUGGGUGGACAGCCGCUCCAUCCACAUCCUUGACACCCUGCUGCACAUGGGCGGCGUCUACUGGUUCUGCAACAACCUGGUUAAGGAGCUGCUGAAGGAGACUCGGAAGGAGCACACUCUGAGGGCGGUACAGCUCCUCUACUCCAUCUUCUGCCUGGACAUGCAGCAAGUGACCCUGGUCCUGCUGGGCCACAUCCUGCCGGGCCUGCUUACUGACUCCUCCAAGUGGCACAGUCUGAUGGACCCUCCUGGCACUGCAUUAGCCAAACUAGCUGUGUGGUGUGCCCUGAGUUCUUACUCCUCCUACAAGGGACAGGCGUCCUCACGCCAGAAGAAGAGGCACAGGGAAGACAUCGAGGACUAUAUCAGCCUCUUCCCCGUGGAAGACAUGCAGCCUUCGAAGCUUAUGAGACUGCUGAGCUCCAAUGAGGAUGACGCCAACAUUCUGUCCAGUCCUACUGACCGCUCCAUGAACAGCUCCCUCUCGGCUUCCCAGCUGCACACAGUCAACAUGAGGGACCCUCUGAACCGAGUCCUGGCCAACCUGUUCCUGCUCAUUUCCUCCAUCCUGGGUUCGCGCACCGCAGGCCCCCACACCCAGUUUGUGCAGUGGUUCAUGGAGGAGUGUGUAGACUGUCUGGAGCAGGACAGCAGGGGCAGCAUUCUGCAGUUCAUGCCCUUCACUACGGUAUCAGAACUGGUGAAGGUGUCUGCCAUGUCCAGCCCCAAGGUAGUGCUGGCCAUCACAGACCUCAGCCUGCCCCUGGGUCGGCAAGUGGCCGCCAAAGCCAUUGCUGCACUCUGACGAGCCCAGAGUGCCUGGAGGCUCCCAGCCCAGCGUCCCAGCGGGGAGAGUGAAGAUGAGCCCAGGCUGCCCCAUCCAGUGGUGCAAGGAUGUUUCCUCGGUCUGAGGCCCACCCCCACUCCUGCCUCUACUUACCGUGUCCUACCACCUCUCCCAGGUCCUUCUGUAAUUUUCUGUCCUUUCGACCAGAACCCAAAGACUGAGCGGUCCCGAUGGUUGCCCAAUUCUAGCAAUAGCUGAACUCAAAGGAGGGACUUUAUAGGGCCACAGUGUGUAUAUAAGUUUAUUUUUAUAAUUCUGAGGGGGAAUCCCUCUUGGUUCAUUUGUAAAUAAAGACUCUUGUGGCUCUUGUGA